AUGGAAGAUUCAGAAACUACUAUUGUUGAAUUUAUAUCAACUAUUGCUUCAGUAAUAAAGUAUGCAAAAGAAGAAGAUUUUUAUAAAGAUGAACGUUCUACUAAAGAACUAGGAAAUGCUCAGUUUUUUAAAAAUUUAAUAAGAUUAGUACAAAGAUGUUGCAAACUUAACCAAUUAUUUUCAAUAAGUAAUGAUGUACAACAAUAUAGUGAUAUAAUGAAUUCUAUACCUAAUAUUCACGAAAUAAGAAGUAUAUUAACUAAUAAUUAUCAUGAUGAAGAUGAUUUAGAAAUAUUAAUAAAUUUUUUUAAAUCAAUUAUUAAAUUAUGUGAUUCUAAUAAUAUAGUCUUUUUACUUGAAUCAGGAAAUGACAAAAUAACUAAUAAUACCAUUGAUUCACCAGAAAUAUACCUAAAUCCAAUAACAAAUAGACAACAUCCAAGAAAUAUGUCAAUUUUUCCUAAUUAUUUAAUAAGAAUAUUUAAUAAUGUUAGGAGUUGUUUAUCAAAUCCAAAUAUUCGUUAUAUUAUAUUUUUUAUAUCUAAAUAUGCUAUUGAUACACUGGUCAAUACAAAUUGGGAAUGUUUUAAUAUUUCUUCUUGGCUUUCUAGACCAGUAUUGGCUAAUUUUUUAAUGAUGAUUUCUUGUGAUCAUGAAGAAACUAUAAAUGAAGAGACUUUAUUAUCUUCACACUUUUCUAAUAUAUGUCCAAAUUGUUAUGCAAAAGGAAUUGUAAUUAAUGUAAUUCUUCAAAAGAUUUUAUCUGAGACUUUGGUUUUAUAUAAAGAUUAUAUGCAACCUAUUAAUAUUUCUUUUUGGCAAAAAAUUGAUAAUAUAGUUCUAUGCUUUGGAAUUAUUACACGACUUAUUAAUAUGUACCAUCCUCAAUGUUAUUUAUAUCAAUUAAAUAAAGCUGAAGAUCAAAUUUUUUAUAAUUGGUGGAUAACAAAAACUAAUUUAGGUAAACAUUUAUUUAACACAGAUAGAAUAUAUGAUAAUCAAUAUACAAAUGUAAUAAAUAUGAUCAAGAUUUUUUAUAAUCAAAUAGAUUCAGCUCAUAUAAAAUUGAAGAAAUCUACAAAUAAAAACCAAUUUAUGAAUAAUUUUUCAACUAUCCAAUCUAGUUAUGGUGAAUUUUCAGGAGAUGCACUUUUUGGAAGGGUUAAAAUUGAUCUUCCAAUAUCAAUAUUAUCUGCAUUAAAUCAUUCAAAUAAAUAA